AUGCUGGACUGGAGGUUGGCAAGUGCACAUUUUGUCCUGGCUGUGACAUUUAUCCUGUGGAGUUCAGGAAAAGUGCUCUCAGUGGAUGCAGCAACUGAGACUUUUGAUGUUGGAAUCAGAGAUGCGCAGUCACCAGCCACAGCCAGGGAAGAGAAAUCAGCAGCUGAUCUGGCAGCAAAACUCAUGCUUCUUGAUGAACUUGUGUCUCUGGAGAAUGAUGUGAUCGAAACAAAGAAGAAAAGGAGUUUCUCUGGUUUUGGGUCUCCCCUGGACAGACUCUCAGCUGGCUCUGUAGAUCACAAAGGCAAACAAAGAUGUGACUUCCUUGAGUGA